AUAGACAGCUGACACUACUCUGGGAUAUACUGAACAUAUACUGAACGACAGAGUGGAAAAGGAGGAGGAAGAGGAAACAACCAGAAGCUAAAGCACUGUCCCACUAUAUUGACCUGACUGAGGAUAGAGAGAGAGGGGACGACAAGAUAACAAAACAACCACAACGAGAGAGGGGGAUGAGACAAGAAGAGAAAACACGGAAUCUACUUUGUUUGGAUCAGAGGGACAAUAUCCUUUCCGAGCUACAACGACAGAGAGCACAGAGCAAUUUCCUUGGUGUCAGGUUCUGGUGUGGUUGCUGUUAGGGACUUGGAGGUUCCAUGCUACUUCAGUGCCAUUGACAGUGCCAGGGCCCACGGUGCGGUAGUGGUAGUAUUGACAGUGCCAGGGCCCACGGUGGGUAGUGGUAGCAUUGACAGUGCCAGGGCACACGGUGGGUAGUGGUAGCAUUGACAGUGCCAGGGCCCACGGUGCGGUAGUGGUAGCAUUGACUGGCUAAUUGCAGACAGAAGGCAGAGGACUUUGUAGCAAUCUGGAUAUGACACCACUGUUCUCCUCAAUCAGACAGUGUUCAGCGAGGUGUGUGCCGCAGUCCGGUUACCCUCAGUAAGUUAUACGCUCUCCGGGCCGGGCCCUCGCCGCUGCUGCAUUAGGAGCCGCCAAUCAGAACCAACAACCAACUCCACACGGACCGCAGCAGCUGAACUGAGCUCACUGACGGAGCGGGCAGUGAACACGAGACUCAACACAGGGACUGAACAUAGUGACUGGAAGCAGCCGUGUGCAGCAGAGAGAGACAUUGUGAUCCUGUAUAAACAUACAGAGGGUUGACAUACAUACACGUUACAUCUCUACAGUGGGACGGAUAGAGAGAGAGAGAUGUAGCCUAUAGAGUAAUGCUAUACGUGUAAUCCUGUAGGGUGUUUAUAUCACACAGGGAGACUGUAGUCAUUUGUAAAGCAGUUACCAUCACAGUUGGAGACGGUGAUGUGUGAUAGUGAACCGUGGGAGACAAUUUAGCUGAUGACGUGUUUGUGUUGUCAAAAGUAUCAUGUGUGGGGAUGGAGCCCCGAGUUGAGAGAUAUGGGUACAGAAACAGUAUAAUGACUUGUUUCAGAUGGUUUACUCCGAUGUGUCUGUACUCCGAUGUAGAGUAAAGAUAUUGGUUUGUUUGGUGUUGGGAUUCUGGUCUGUGGUUUGCCAUUUGAGUGGUUCUAGCCUGUUGGUUUGUAUCAUUGCUUUGUUCCAUUGAUUUGAUGUUUAGUUAUGUAGUCCUACACAGCAGAGCAGCUCUGUUGGCAGACAGUCAUUUGGCUAAUUGUGUGCUGAUAGUUAGUAACAACGUUGUAAGACAUUCUAGAUCGACGCUGUGGUGAUGUUAGAUCGGUGGUGUUUUAUCAAAAGACUGCAGCUCUGAAGAAUCGUGCGUGUUGUGUACUGGUAAAACCCCGGCUUUGUUGUGUGUCACUGCAGCCCUAGCUGUGCUCUGCUGUGCUCUGCUCUGCUGUGUUGUACGGCGCCUGUGUCCUGUGUCACAGAGGAAGCAUUGAUCAGACAGCUACUGAGGCUCAAUACACAAUGAGGCCUGGCCCGAGAUCUCUCCUCCUCCCCACCCCCCUCUCCCUCUCCCUGCGUACCCUGCUCCUGCUCUGCCUUGCGCCGCGUUGCCAAGCGGUGCAGGCUGAGAAUGUGACAGUGUUGGAGGGAGGCACGGCCCAGAUCUCCUGUCGUCUGCAGAACUAUGACGGCUCCAUCGUUGUCAUCCAGAACCCUCGCAGACAGACCCUCUUCUUCAACGGCACACGAGCGUUGAAGGACGACCGUUUCCAGAUGGUUCUCUUCACACCCCGCCUGGUGCGCAUCACCCUCACCAACGUGAGCGUGUCGGACGAGGGCGGCUACUUCUGCCAGCUCUACACCGACGACACCCACCACCAAGUGGCCACUCUGUCCGUGUCCGUCCCUCCCGACACCCCCACGGUGGAGGUGAAGCAGGAGGCCGUGGAGGGGGGCGAGGUGGAGCUCACCUGCCUGUCGCCGCGCAGCAAGCCCCCCGCCACGCUGCGCUGGAUCAGGGACCGCCGGGAGAUACCAGGUGUGGUGUCCCAGCAGGAAAAUGGGAAGACAGUGAGUGUGUCCAGCACCAUCCGUCUCCCUGUGGAGAGAAAAGACAACGGGGCAGCGGUCAGCUGUGAGGCAUCCCACCCCGCCCUGGGGGGGCAGAAGAGGGUCCGCCACUACCGCCUCGACGUCCACUUUGCCCCCACAGUGAGGAUCAUCCCUCCCCCUGGCAUCCUCCGAGAGGGAGACUCUCUCAGCCUCACCUGCUCCAUCACUGGCAACCCACUGCCUAGAGAUGUCCAGUGGACUAGGAUUAAUGACACCUUACCUGAGAGGGCGGAGAUCUCUGGCCCCACCCUCCAAGUGGCCCGUCUCAGCCAAUCACACAACGGGACCUACCUGUGUCAGGCGCAGAACAACUACGGCCGUGCCGCCGACCACUACACGCUGCUGGUGUACGAGAAUGUGUCUGUCACUACCAUGGUCCUUCCCACCUCCCAUCACACCACCUCCCACCCAACCACCCUCCUCCUAACCCCCAGCUACGCACCGGACCCCCGAGACCCCGGGGCAGUGAUUGAGACCCACAGUGCAGUACCGUACGCUGUGAUAGGGGGCGUUCUGGCUCUGCUGGUCUUCACCGUCAUCUGUGUUCUCAUCGUCACCGUCUGGUGCUCUGUCCGACAGAAAGGUUCAUAUCUUACCCAUGAGGCCAGUGGGUUGGACGAGCAUGGGGAGGUCCAGGAGGCUUUCCUCAACGGGAAUGAUGCCAGUCAGGGCAAGAAGGAGUACCUACUGUAGCCUCCAUCCCCAAAACCCACACCCCUCCCCCAACCCGCCAUGACGGGUGGCCUUCUGAAUCGACUGUAGUACUACUGCACACAGACCACAUUACAGACCACAACACAGACCACAACACAGACCAGAACAGAGACUGAAAGAGAGACGAUCCGUCCAGCCCUUACAUUACAACUGUGCCAUACUGUAGGUGUACUGGAGGAAGGAGCGAGGGAGCGAGGUAGGAUGACAGAGAUAGGGGAAAGUGAUAAUAGGGUCAUUAUUUUGAUAGAGUGAAGAGAUAACAAGAAAGAGAGCCUCAGCACUUCCCUUCCCUGUGGUAAUUGGAGAGGGAGGGAGAGAGA